AUGCCGUCCGCCGUGCCUGAACUGUACCAAUACACCCACGUCCAAGAGACGGAGGAGAACCUCGAUUGGGCUGACCUUCCCACAAUAGAUCUUGCCAAGUAUGGCACGCCUGAAGGCAACAAGGAGCUUGCUCAGACUCUUAUCGAGGCUAUCCGCACCAAGGGCUUCUUCUACGUUAUCAACUAUGGCAUCUCACAACAUGCUGUUGAUCAGCAAUUCGCCUUGGGCCAAAAGUUUUAUGAACUCCCUCUGGAUGAGAAACUAAAGUAUGAGCCCAACUUGGACUCUGGUGACUACAACGGAUACCGUCCUGCUGGAAGGCGAUUCCUGAGUGGUGGCAUCAAGGACAAGACUGAGGUUUGGAACAUGGCAACUAGGGCUGGUCACAUCACCCAGCCUCUGCCCAAGUUGCUGGAAGACCGCAAGGAGGAAAUCGAGGGAUUCGCCAAGGAUUUGCAUGACAAAGUUUUGGACCCCUUGAACCACCUCAUCGCACUUGCUUUGGAGUUGCCCGAAGAUUUCUUUACCAAAGUGCACAAGUGGGAAACCCAUGACGAGUCUCAUUUGCGGUACAUGAAGUACUCCAAGUUUACUCCCGAGGAAAUCGAGAAGCUCGAUGACGGACUUUGGUCUCGCGGCCACACUGACCUCGGAACCAUUACUCUUCUUUUCCGGCAGCCUGUAGCUGCACUGCAGAUCAGAGACCACGAGACCGGCGACUGGAAGUGGGCCAAGCCGCUUGACGGCAGCUUGACCGUCAACACGUGUGACGCUCUCAGCUUCCUGACUGGUGGUUACGUGAAGUCCACAGUUCACCGGGUAUCUGUUCCUCCCAAGGACCAGCGCCACGUUGACCGUCUGGGUCUCCUCUACUUUGCCAGACCUCAAAACGAUCUCGUCUUGAAGACCAUCGACUCGCCGGUUCUCAAGCGCGAGGGCUUCACUCAAAACGAAUUUGAGGCGGGCGGGCACAAACCCCCGACUAUGGGAGAGUUUACAACUCUCAAACAGACUUGGCAGCAGAGAAAGGGAGUCAGCUACGAGUCGUCAGAAGGCCAAGAGAUUCUUCCCGGGUUCAAGGGGCAGUAUUUUGCUUAG